AUGAUUACUAAUUUCGAUGUCAGGAAGCAACCAAAUUCAUACCGCCUCUCUGACCAUGCGUACAAGAUUUUAUUCAAUGAUCACACCUCAAUGGAUGUUCUAGACCCUGACGAAUACUCUAUUCCCCUGGAGUAUUUCUGCACUCGGAACUACAAGGACAUCCAAAGUUUGGUGGGUAAAGGAGAGAUGUUACCAGAUAUUGUAGCCCAAGUGUCAUGUAUUCAGAAUGCCGAUAAGGUCGACGAAACCACAACUCCACCGAAGACUACGUCGAACCUGAUUCUUACGUGUGUAUUUGACAGUGGUGACACCGCUUAUGUCUCCGUCUGGGAUAACCAAGCAUCUAAGGUCCGUGAAGAUGUUGCUCUCCUAAAAGAAGAGCCUAUUGUAGUAAUCGUCACUGGUGUGAAUCCCAAAAACCUGCGUGGUGACCUAUAUCUCAACGCCACUGCCUCGACCAGAUUCUUUUGGAAUGUUGAAAACAACAUUACAGAGGAAUUCCGUAAAAGGUAG